GGAUUUUUUGUGUCUUUCUAAUUCCAAUCAUCACACAUGCAAUUGAUAGUUCAAAUGAUGACAUGGACUAUGAAAUCAAGAAAGGCAAUUGUACCUGUGAAGAAGAAGUUUAUGAGGCAACUAUCGAACAUGGAAUCAUCAAAUCACCUCACUACCCGAAUUCACAAAGUUGCGAUGGAAGAUGUGUCUACAUUAUACUUCCACAUCCCAACAAAACCGUUUCUCUUUACACAUCGUCGUUUGAAAUCUCCAGUCGGGCAAGUCUCAUCGUUUACAGUCUGCUCGAGGAAAAUGGUGAAAGAAUUCGUAUUCCGCAUGCAAAAAUUCGCCGACCGGAAAACUAUUUCUACUCUUUUAGUGAAAUGUCGUUCCCGAGCUUUGUUUCGGCAAAAAAUGCUGGGUUUGAAGUGCAUUUUAUAAGUCACAGAAUGACUCAUUUUACCAGCUUCAAAAUUUCGUUUGAUCGAAACUACGAAUAUGACGAAGUUUGCGGUUAUCCUAUUGUAGACAUAGGAAUGGAUGAGACCCUGGUGCAACUUGACCAUGCGUUUCGAGCAGCUUCAGGUUGUGUCUUCAUGCUGCGUCCAAAAUACCCAGAUCUUGACGAAGAAGAUGAAAUGGUUAUAAACAUAGGCUACAGCAUAGAAACUAUUGCUUCCAUAAGAACACGCGAUGAGAAUGGAAAACUUACAUUUGGACAGCUAACUAGUGGGCCCCGUUCGGUAGUGACAAGUGCUCAUUUUGUUCAAAUUAUUUCCCACAAAACAGAGAGGACAAAUGGACUGUACAAAAUGGAGAAGAUCACAGCAAAAAUAAUCAAAAGAGGAUGUGACUGUGGCGCGGGCGAAUUUCUCAUUGGUAAUAACAAUCAAACAUCUGUUUCAAUACAUUCACCCGGCUGGCCAGACUUGUAUUGCCCACAACGAAACUGCAAGUACUCCAUUAAACCCUUCAAUUCUGGGGUUGAUAAUGACAAAAUGGCAAUUUUUGAAGUUCACGUUAAAGCGAUUAUUGGUACUGGUGAUAGUUUCACCAUUGCUCAUUCGGAUGAACUUAUCAGAUCUGUAGCGUACAAAGAGGUUGCUGAGCAUUAUGAUACAACGUUUGUUGUUAAACAACAAACUCUCUUAAUAUCCUAUCAGUCCGAGGAUAAAUACUAUCGGCGAUUUUUUGAAGUAAAUGUGACUCAGAAAAUGAUAGAUCCCGAUUGUUCCUGUAACUUUUUCAAUGAUAAGACUUUUAGCAGUGAGGGAAAAAUGUUGAACCUCUCUUUCCCAGCACAUUGUGCCUAUAUUUAUUGUCACUUCCAAUUCAAGGAUUCCCGUUCUUAUUCUCCUGGAUCUGUUCUCGAUUUUCAACUAAAGGGAGCUGUGGAAGGGGACAAAGUGAUUAUUAAAGAUGCACGUCAUGAGGAAACAUACCAGAGCACUCAACUCAAUCGUAUGAAUCGUUAUGAUGUAUUCAAGGAAUCUGAAUUUACAUUCUAUAGGAAACAUUUACCGUCGGAGGGAAAUGUAGAGGUAUUUGUCAACUGGACAUUGACUAAAUCUGGAGGAUCUUGUUUAUCGCUAAUGAAACUUUCGGUUGAUGUUGACAAACCGUUGAUUAUUAUAAGUCCAAGAUAUCCAAGUGAAUAUGCAAACAACGAGAAGUGUAAAUUUUUAAUUCUUGCGCCUGAUCAUUGUCGUUUAACUUUGAGUAUUGAUGAGAUCAGCUUGGAGAAUUUUCAUGAUUUCGUUUUCAUAUACGAUGGGAAUAGCACCGAUGGAAAAUUGAUUAAGAGAUAUACCUCUCAUAUAACCCACGAGGUCCUGAAUAUCUCAUCGUCUUCUGUUCUCAUAAUGUUUCAAACCGAUCAGAGUAUUAGUGACCGAGGAUUUCAUAUCACAGCAACUGCCCAUUAUCUACGAGACUUAUAUGAUGGAGAUAAUUCACUCACAUAUGCACUCAUUGCUCUUGCCCUCGUUUUCAUUAUUGCAAUUUUGCUGGUGAUAUAUGUCUACGAAAAGUACCUUGCGAAAGAUGCUCCUCGCAUUGCAAUUGCACACGGGGCAGGUGGUGGAGAUAAUUUUGAAGCGGCAAGGGACGAAAGAAAUUUGGGAAGAGAUCAUACUGCACUCUAAUUUUGAAAACAUUUUUGGUAAAUUGCAAAUAACUUGUACUACAAAU